UCACUAAUGUGCGUUGAUGAGGCUGCACUGAUGGGCACAGAUGGGCGGCACUGAUGAGCUGACACUGAUGGGUGGCACUGACUGGCGGCACUGCUGGGCACAGGUGGUUGGCGGUGCUGGGCACAGGUGGGUGGCGCUGCUGGGCACUUGUGGGUGGCACUGGUGGGCACUGAUCAUCAGUGCCCUGAUGAUCGGUGCCGAUCCCUCCUCUGACAACUGCCGGUUCUCGGCAGUACUUUCCUCACUUUGUGACAGAGUGAGGAAAGUGCAGCCGAUAACCGGCAAUUGC